GUGAAAGAUCGACAUGCACAGCUGCUGUGGAAUCACCCACGCUAGCAACCGGCACAGAGCGAGCGAGUGCAGAAGUGUAUGCCACAGACGGUCGAACAGGUGUCGUCCGGACCUCAUGAGAAGAACGUCUGAGCACAAGUCGUCGCGAUGCGUCCUCAACUACACUUACUCCACGCGAAACUGGGGAACCACUCCACUCCUUCUUUAUCCGUUUCCAGUACUCGCGCUCUACCAACACAUCCAUCGGAUCAAAACACAAACGGAAUUCUGGCCGAGGAUCAGAUAUGUCGAUAGGCAGACGACUGAUCACAUGUUUGCGAACCUCGUUGUCGAUUUCACGAUCUAUGCCAUUCAAACUCCCCAAGGGAUCCGGGUGUUGCAGCCCUUCACACGGAAAAUGAUUGCGCUGGCUCACGUUCACAAAUGCAGAAAAGCGACGGGUCGACGUGCGUACCAAAGUGCAACACUCAGCACAGGCGACAAAGGCCACAAGGGCAAUGAAGACAAGGAAAAACAGCAGGAUUUGGUUGGCAUGCCAAAGGUGAUUGGCAGCGGCCAAAGCGAGAACGCACAGCAUAGAACAGCGAGCGUCGUCCACCAUCAUUGUUACUUUUCCCUUCGCCCCAUUUCCCAAUGCUUGGGUGUUGAAGUGUGGUCUGUUGUCAAGAAAGUACUGUACGUCGGUAAAAGUGGUUGA